GUUUUAAAUUAUAUUGAAUUUUUAUUUUCAGGCAAAUUUGUAACACAUGCUGUUGUACUUUUAAUUGCUGAAGACUGAAGUAAAAAAUAAAAGAAAAAAAAUUGAUGCGAAGAAUUAAUAUAAAACUAAAGUGGUUUGCUUCUCAUUUUUUCAAACGUUUUGUGAUGGGUUGUACACCACCUACUGUGAAUGAUUUAUGCGUUCUACAUUUAAGUGACAAUUUUUUAGUUAUAAACAAACAAUGUGAUAUUGCAAUUAAUUCAGACUCAGCUGAAGAUCAUCCUAUUACUGUAGCAUCUCAGCUAAAUCAUAAAUUUCCAAAUCUUGCAGACCCUAGCAUAAUGUUUGGCUUUAGAUUCUGUCAUCGUCUAGAUUUUUCAACAAGUGGUGUUCUUUGUUUAGCUUUAAACAAGCUUGCAGCUAAGGAAUGCAUGUUGGCAAUGAAUUCUCGACGAGUAUCCAAGUACUACCUAGCUUUAGUUCAUGGUCAUAUUCAAGAAAAUUCAAUACAAUUUGACAAGCCAAUUGGUUUUGAUUCCAGGCCAGAACAUACUCAUAAAAUGUGUGUGGCAGACAAAGACUAUUGCAUUCAGCCACGUAAGGCUACUUCUAAACUCAUUGUACUCCAAAGGGGUACAUAUAAUGAGAAACCAGCAACUAAAGUGAUUUUUCAAUUAGUAACUGGCCGACGUCAUCAGCUUCGAGUUCACUCUCAUGAAAUUGGACAUACGAUUGUCGGAGAUUUCACUUACAGCGACAGAAAAGAUAUUCUACCAUAUAGAAUGUUUUUACAUUCCUACCGUAUUGUUGUACCUACUAAUCUGGAAUUGUUGGAUAUUACGACUGAUGAUCCUUUUACAGAGGAUAAUCCUAAAAAUAAAUGGUGUUCAUUGGAGACGGCAUAUGAAUUAAAUAAUAAUGUUUAUGACUUGUUUAAGUCUUUGAAUUUUCACCAUUGUUAAUGUUUACUUCAGUAUCAUUUAUUAAAAAUUAUUGGUGCUAUUUGUAGAUAUCUUAUAUACAAAUAAAAUAAAUUUAUGUUUGCAUUGUAUAUAGUAUACUUAUAAAUGUAAUUUGAUUUGUUGAUAAGUAAUCUAAAACUAUAAAUAUUUACUAUUAUUCCCUAGGGCAGAAUUUUUUCCAGCUUUCUGCGACAAUUGUCUCGAGUUUUAAAACCUUUCUGAGAGAUAUUUAAUGUGGGCAAAUAUAUAUGUUACUGAUUUAAAGUUACAGAAGCGCUUUCUGUUUGCAAAAAAAGUCUUCAUGUAUAGAACAGAACAGUAUAUAUUUUUUUACUUAUAAAUGUAAGAAAUGUUUUUUUAAAUCUAAAUAUUCGGAAAUUAUUUUUCUUAAUGACAAUCUGAAAUUCUGGCUAAAGCUAAUCAUUGCAGAAUAUUUUUAUCCUCAGAAGAAGUAGGGGAAAAAAAUCUAGAGCUUUUUAUUUUUCUACCUCCGAUAUGCGAGAAAGGCAUUUUUCGAUUAUGAUUCUGCAGAAAGGGGUAGGGGAAGUCUGUGGGUGAAAAAUAUUUCGAAAAACUCCGCAGAUUUGAAAAAAAAAACUUCUUUGCUUGCCAAAUAAAAUAUCUUUCUGUAGGAACUCUGUAAUGGUCUGGGACAAUAUCGCUAUGUCACCAUGGCGCUAUUAAUACAUUGAUCAGCAAUUAUAAAAUAAUUUAUUAUUAGCAAA